CAGGUAGAAGCGACAUCACAUAUUGUUGUAAAUAUUGUAAUAAAUCGUGUAAUUGAUAGUGAUCAGUUCUAAAAAAAAUCUAUCGACUUACAAUUGAACCGUCUGCACGUUUAUGUACAGUCAGUAAUAAAAUAAGUGUGCCGAAAGAAGAAACUUUUUAGUAAAAUGUAUAAUCAGACGUAUGAUGACGAACAUCCAAUCCCUCUAAUAGCUAACUACGUCGUCAAAGAAGGAGAGGAAGAGGAAAAGAGGGAGGCAGAAGAUAGAGUUAUUCUAGAAAUUGGGAAGCCUGAUGACAAACCACGGGAAGAGCAUACAUUUUCCCAUAAAAAGUAUGAUAAGACCAUAGCGCAUCAUAGAUCUUAUGUGUUGGAGGACUAUGAGCCCCGGAGAGUGACGUAUUUCAGGCCGUAUGAUCUAGAACAUUCGAGUAACGAAGGUUCUAGGUAUUACGAGCAAGAGUUCAGAGAGAGUGUAGUCCAAGAGACAGCUAAUUCUGAGUCUUCUUUGGACUUUUCCCACGAGUCGCAAGAAACUAUUAAGUACAAUGAAGAUCCACCGCAGGAGGCCAUCUUGAAUUGGAAAGAGAGGGCACUACAACUUGAAAAAGAGUAUAAGAAGACAGCUUGCGACAGAGAAAGGACACGAAUGAGGGACAUGAACCGUGCCUUUGAUCUGCUGCGGUCUAAGCUACCAGUCACCAAGCCUUCCAAGAAGAAAUACUCCAAGAUUGAGUGCCUCAGGAUAGCAAUCUCCUACAUCCGUCAACUAGAGUACAUUCUCUCUGGUGGUACAAUUGAAGAAAAUUUAACCUUUGAAACACAAGUCUCGGAGCUGAGGCGGCGGCAACAGAGAUUUUAGCGACUCCUAUCCCACUGCUGAACUGGACAUAGGCUAGGCUUUCUUUGCCUGGGGCCUGUGCUAUUAUAAACUAUGAUACAGCUACAAUUUUAGAAAUUAAUCAAAUGAACCCCCAACCUGAUUACGGAGAAUCUCAGUAGAAUAUGUUUCUUGACAUUUUGUGUUCGAAUGGAAUUUCGGGUUGAUAGAAUAAUAUGAGAUUUAAUUAUCUUGUCUACUUGCUAUCCUAGCUGACGAAAUUUGCCAUUGGCUUGAAAAACGCAGGUCUAGAUCGUUGUGAUCUGCUAUACUAUACUAGUAAAAUUGUACAACAAUAUGAACACGGCAAAUUUCUCCAUGCGCGCUUAAUUUACAAUCCAACAGGCGCUUACUUCAAAGCCAUCUCUAAUUUUACAAUGUGUACAGUCAACGGCAGCGAAACAUGAUAAAUAAAUAAUUUUUCAGUCUAUAAAAACCAAAACCACCUACCGGGGUUUCUGCCGUUAACUCUACAAGAGGGAAGGGUUGCAAUAAAAACCAUAAAGAGUUUUAAGCUUAUUAAUACAAUUAUGAGAAAUACAAUAUUUUUA